GAUAAAGCUCUACCUUACUACACCCUGUCGCUUCCGGAUGAGGCCGUAUCGGCCCAUUUUAUUUAUUUUGCGUCGCAUGUAUAUCUUGUGCCAGCAAUGAACCACAUUGUAUAACAGCUUAUUCAUAACACAGACGGCAGUCAGGUUCAUGUAGCUCGUAAACACUCUCGGUGGACAACAUAAACAGCUGCAUCCAGUUAUGGAGGAGGUGGAGACGCAAGAGGAGCUCCUGACAAAGCGGCACCGCAAGGAGAAGAAGGAUCUGCAGGCUAAAAUCCAGAGCAUGAAAAAUGCAGUCCCCAAAAAUGACAAGAAAAGGAGGAAACAGUUGACAGAAGAGAUCGCCAAACUUGAGGCUGACCUCAGUCAGAAGCACGAGGAGGAAUUCAGGGAGCUCAAAGCAACAACUGACACAAAGGAGGUGGAAGAGGUCAUAAAUGGAGUGGAGAAGGUAAAGGUGGAGGAUGGAGAGCAAGAGGAGGUGAAACAGCCACGAGUAACCAAAGCCCAGAAGAGACGGGACAAGAAGGCUGCGCAGGAGAAGGAGAGGGAGAUCAGGAUAGCGGAGGCUGAGGUGCAGAACCUGCAAGGUGUGAGGCACCAGGAGGGAUUAAAGCUGGCCCAGAAACUCGCCCAGCAAAAGCUUCAGAUCAAGGAGAUCUCCUCUGAUGGCCACUGCAUGUACCGCGCCAUUGAAGAUCAGUUGGUACAGCGAUCAAAGCCCGAGUUAAUCAUGAGUGUGAAGGAACUGCGGUCCCGCACUGCCGAGCACAUGAGAAGCCAUGCCGAUGACUUCCUGCCUUUCCUCACUAACCCAAGCACCGGUGACAUGUACACAACAGAUGAGUUUGAGAAAUACUGCAGUGAUGUGGAGUACACGGCAGCUUGGGGUGGGCAACUGGAACUCCGAGCCUUGACGCAAGUUCUUCAUUUGCCAAUACAAGUGAUCCAGGCUGACUCUCCUACCAUAAAAAUCGGAGAGGAAUAUGAUGGUGAACCCGUCACACUUGUCUAUAUGCACCAUGCUUAUGGUCUAGGAGAGCACUACAAUUCUGUGGAGCAGCUAAAGGACCCAGCCAACACGGAGGACAGCUGAGAGACGGCUCAGUCUCGGUGUUAACAUAAACCUGUUGGCGUAAUGCAGAGAGUGUUUAAACUUCUAACACGAAGCACCCUUAAAUGCGAACAUAUUUGAAGGGUGACCCCUCCUGGUUACCGAGACAUAGCUGAGCUGAACAGAGAAGGCUUCUGUUUUCAGAUCGGUUUUAACGUCUGUGUUGAAGUCAAAAAGGAAUGAAUGAGGAGAGUGAAAUCUAAAUGAGUUCAUUAAUUUUAAAACAAUUACAUUGUGUUAAUAAUUAAAAAAAAACACAAACAAUUCAAAAGUAGUUGUGUUAAAGAUUUUAUAUUAAACAUCCCUGGCCAAUCCUUUUAGCUUGUUUUUAGAGGCGUGGCUGAAUUACAUGCUUUAAAAAAAAGAAAAACAAAUCCACUGGUGCAGAUGAGGAUGUUGGAGCUGCUUGUCAUGCAUGUCCAAAUGUCAGCAGAGUCACUGAGUGGUUGUGCAGUGUUCUUUGAGUGAAAUGAGCUGUUAAACAUGAAUCAUAUCAAGUUAUAAAUGCAUACAAUACCACGA